CUGUCACUGUAAGUACAUUUUGAAAACCAAAAAUAAAAACCAAAAUAUCAAUAUCGAAUAAUCAUUAUAUGGUACAUUGAUACAUAAUCAUAAGUGACUAAGUGAAGCAAGUGGGUAUAAAGAAUAGAGCUUCGUUGAGUAGUUUAUGUUAGUAUUUUACGAAUUUAAUGAAAUAUUCGUUUUUCAACCAAGGAAGCAAAAGGUUAACAAACAUGAUCUUAUAUAGGCCUUUCACCUAAAUUAUGGGUGAUUUCUGGGACUAUAAUAACUUUCAUCUCUCGUCAAGUCUCCUAAAUUAUAAUUCACAAAUUCCUACAGAACAGAUUUCUGAAAUAUAUCAGUACCCUGAUAAUCAAUAUCAGAGUUCACCAUACUGCCAGCUUCAAAGCAAUGAGCCAUAUAUUUAUCAGAGUGUGACUCUGCUUCAAGGAGGACCUUAUAGUGUGCCAACAUCGAGUGCAUUCGAGUCACAUUUUGGAAACGGUUUCAAUUGCCAAUUACAGCAGAACCACCAACAAACUCCAGGUUCAGUGCUAUCACAUGAAUUCACAAGAGAUAUAGAAGACUACAGCUGUAAAUCCAGAACUAAGAAAAUUGGAAGUGACUUUGGACAAAUAAACAAAUCUAAAACCAGCAUGGACUCCAACGGAAACGGAUCUGGUAGUAUCGCCAGAGACUCUGCCAUGGCCCCAAGAAAAAUCAACAUCUUUGAGCCCGCCGAAGAUCUCGACUUCAUUUACGACGAUUGUGACACCCAUGCCAAUGAAAUAGCUGAGUUGUACAGCUAUACAGAAAACUCCGAUCUUCAGCAGAACUUAUCAUCCUUCGAGGAACAAAUGAAUAACUAUCGUAUAUCCCACAUAUCAUGGAGGCAGCUGUCUCUCACCGAGAAAAGUUCCAUCAUAAUGAAAAUUCUGAAUCAGUUGGAACUUAGUGAUAAGAAAACUAGAAUCCAGAGUGCUAAGUGUAUUUUGUAUAUUGCCCAAGGUGGUUGGUUAGGAUUGACAAGUGACAUAGAAGUUCUGAGUAGCGCAAAAGAAAGCUGUUUGUUAUUGUAUAAGUUAGGGACUUUCAGUGCUUUCAUAGACCUUUUGAAUCUAGAAAUGGACAACAACAUUCCAAUUAACAAAACAGCUGUUUCCAUAACGGAUUCUGAAAACUUGAGAGUAAUUUUAACGGUGUUAUAUUCAAUUACAGAGGUUAUUCGCAGUGAGAGAGAAGUUCACCCUGACAUUUAUAAUUCGUUUUGUUCAGAAAUAAUGAACGGUAAAAACGAUGAAUCAAUAAUACUGAAGUUACUCGAUAUGUUGACGAAAUUUUGCAGCGGCGUCUCCCCUCAUUUCCCAAUAAAGAAAGUAUUGCUACUCCUCUGGAAAUUAAUUCUUUUGGCACUGGGUGGUACUAACGAGCUGAGGAUAUUGAAAGCCAAAUAUCGUGAAAAGGCUUCCUUACCUGCGCAGGUAGAGGAUACCAUGGAGAUCAUGAAAUCUAUGCGGCCAUCGUCACCCCCGAGCUUUCCUCCGGAUCUCUUGGAAGAUCAAAAUCAAAGGCGUAAGAGAAGUUUGGUGAAGCAGAGCAGUUUAGAAGAUAACGAGCCGAUCGACAUGGAAAUAUUCGAAAAUGAAGAUAGCUACAUGAAGACCAGGGAAAGCAUGUCUGUCUUUGAGAGGCUUCAAGAUAUAUCAGCUUUCAGCGAGAAAUCGAAAAGUUUAAAGUUACCUUGGAAGCCCAAAGUUCACAAGAAGGAAAUAGAUCUGUUCCUGAAUUUGGCACGGGAGAAGUUCAUAGGGUAUAGUUUGGAAGGGGACGAUAGUACAAUGUUUGGUUUGCCCAAGCCCAUUCAUGAUAGUAUAAAUACCUUGAGGGAGCAUAUCUACACACCCCUGGCUGAGUUACAAACGCAGAAAGAAGAAGUCAUCAGCAGAAAUCCCUUCACAGCAAAGGAUGAAAUAGAGCUGACUCCAGCUGAAGCUCUAUAUCAAGCCAUGUUUCCAAACUUACCUCAGUACAUGAUAUGCUUAUUGAAGAUUUUACUGGCCACAACUUCUAGAGCCAAGACUUCCAGUGACUCUAUCAACAUAUUAGGUGAUGUAUUACCAAAAGAAAUGCCUUUGACUGCGUUUCAGACGAUGAAAUUAGGGAUUGAUGUAAACAGGCACAAAGAAAUAAUAGUGAAAGCCGUAUCAGGAAUUCUUCUACUCCUGCUGAAACAUUUCAAAUUGAAUCAUAUCUACCAGUUUGAGUUCAUGUCCCAGCAUCUGGUUUUUGCGAACUGCAUUCCGUUGAUUCUCAAAUUUUUCAACCAAGAAAUAAUGAUGUAUGUCAAAGCGGCAAACAGCAUCCCAAUAUUAGAUUUCCCUUCUUGUAUUCUCGGAGAUCAGUCGGAAUUGAAUGCCGACAUAGAAAUCGGUUGUGACUCGAAGUAUUGCUGGAGGAAUGUGUUUUCUAGCAUCAACCUACUUAGAGUUUUGAAUAAGUUGUGCAAGUGGAAAAAUUCCCGCAUAAUGAUGCUGGUUGUUUUCAAAUCAGCUCCAAUUUUGAAACGCACCCUCAAAAUGCGUCAAGCCAUGGCACAACUAUAUAUUUUAAAGCUUCUCAAGAUGCAAACUAAAUACCUUGGCAGAAACUGGAGAAAAUCUAACUUAAAAACCGUCAGUCUUAUUUACCAGAAAGUACGGCAUCACUUGAAUGAUGAUUGGGCGUACGGCAACUUUUUGGACGCUAAACCAUGGGAUUUCCAAGCUGAGGAAAUCUCCUUGAGGAGUGCCGUAGAUAGAUUCAACAGUCGAAGGUAUAUGAAAGCGAAUGAAAAUGAGUUUGAACCCGUCGACAGUAAUUUGACCAGCGCUCUAGGUCUUGAAAUCAUGUUCUCAGAAAAUUUUCAAAAAAACUAUCAUCUCUGGUUAGAGGAUGAAGUUUUCAGGAAUGAAAUUGAUUGGGAUAAGUUGUUUUGAGAGUUCAGCUGGUUUAUUUCCAAUAUUUUUUAAGUCUCAACACCCUGUAUUUCGUCAAAUGAAAAAAUAAUGCAUGAUCGUCAAUUAGGUCAGGAUGUAUUUAUUGUGUAAAAGUAGAAAGAAACAUAAUUUAUUGCAGUUAUUUAAAUUAUUUCAGUCGCCCUCGUGAGAGUAUGGGUAUUUUUAUUAUAGGCAAAAAUUAUUGUAUUUAUUGAUUUUUUGUUAUUAAAUUAUUGUAUUUGAAUUAA